AACCAUUGAAGAAGAAAAAGAAGGAAGCGAACGAUUGACGUUAGCAUGCGGCUGCUAAAGCUAGCAGCUAAGUGGCUAAGCGCCUAGCCGCUCUGGUGCUCCCCCUUCAUUUGAAGCCCACCAUGGCCGGAGACUGGCGACAGUGGCGAGGCUUUGCGCUGGAGGAAGCCGAGAUCCUCGGCGGUCGCCUGAAAGACCUCCUGUCCUCGGGCCAAGCGUUCGUCCGUAGCCGUCUGGGAUGGGACCUCGGUCUGGAGCCCGAGUUCUACCCGACCUGGCUGGUGCUGACGACGGCCGCCUUGGGCGCGCUGCUCGUGCUCGCCGCCUUCUUGGCCACCGUCUGCGGCGGCGGUGGCGGUGACAGGAGGAGAAAGCGAAGCGCCCCGCCGCCGGUCACCCUCCGCGGUGGCGGCGAGGUGGCUGCCAAGACACCGCUAGUCAAGGCACCGCUAACCAAGACGGCAAAACCGGAGGAAACGAAGAAAAAAAACGUCAAGAAAGCGGGAGACAAGCAGAAACCUCAGCCUAACGGACAACUUGCUUCCGCCGUGGUCGUUCAGCAGGAAGUCAAAGUCCUCAAGGUGCUUUCCAGGCAGCCGCCUCCACCCGCCAAAACCCGGAAGGCGCCCCAACCACAAGAGCAGCUGCCGGCGCAGGUGAAAAAAGACAAGAAGAAAAGCAAAACGAAUGUCAAAGCGGCGCCGUAUGUCAUCACACUUGAUGGCAAAGAACCUGACGAAGGCACGUGGGAGACCAAAGUCAGUAACCGUGAGAAGAAGCAGCAGCGGCGGAAGGACAAGGGCCCCGAGACCUACGCUGGGCCAGAAGGGACAAAUGCUGGCAAGAGCCACGUGAAGAAGAAAAACACAGGCGCUCACGAGUCCCAGCCCUCAAAAUCAGCCGCCAAAGCCUCAGCCGCUGGCCAGGGAGGAGACGGGGUCGACUUUUCCGACAAGACUUCGGCUUCCGCCGAGAGCGCCAAGUGGGGUUCCCGCCACCGGGGCCGAGGAGAACCGCGGACCCAAGAGUCGCAAGGCGGCAACGCCAAGUCCGACCUGGACCCGGUGUCUUACUCCGCGCUGAGACAGAACGCAGCGGAACCCGUGGAGCCGCAGUGGACGAACCGCGCCGAUGACCAAUGGGGUGGUUCGAAUGGCGCGGACCCCGGCUCUGACUGGAACGCCCCGGCCGAGCACUGGGGUAACUACGAAGAGCCCCCUGUGGCGAUCGUGCUACUGACUCAGCUGAUGGAGAGGCCCUCCGCCAUUAAGGUAACGUCCGGGGAGAACGAUGGCCAGGAUCCGGCAGGGGGCGCCGCAACAGCUAAGAAGAGGAGGAAAAGGAAAAAGAAGAGCGAAGAGGAAGCUGCAUCUGAGACAGUCAAAACUGCACACAAAUUUGAAGACGUUCCUGUCGUCGCCUCGCAAAAGUUGAGCAUAUCAUCAUCUCGGCAGCGACCCGAGCGGAUCACGGCAGCAGAGACGGCAAAGAAAGACAAGAAAAAGGUCAGAAGGGAAACUUAAAAAGUCACCGGAAGAGUCCUUUUUUUUUUUUUCUAAGCUUUUAAUGCAAAUGAAUUUGUCAUAUGCAAUAACGAGCAGCUUCUCUGACUUGUUCAUAAGACAAAGACGAUCGCGAUGAAACGCGGCGAGGAAGAGGUCCUGUGGACUUGAGUCUCAUUUGCACUAUUUUUGCUGCACACCGGACUUUUGAUGUAUUUUUAUCGGUUCAUUUUUUUUUUUUUGCACUUGUUUUACACUUUGAAUGAAAAAAUACUGUAAUAAUGACUUUUUGUGAUGAGGGGGGUAUUUGGCAUGAAAUGGAAACAAAAUAUGCUCGGAAAUUGUGAUUUUUUUUUUAAGGUUAAAAAUCAACGUGAUUUUAAAUUCUGAGUCAUUGUGGAGAAAGAAAAUAGUCAAUUUAAUCAAGAUUUUGUGGAGGGAAAAGCCACCAUUGUAAUGUGGAAUAAUUGCAUGCAAAUAUUGAUGGCAAAAUUUUAAAUGUGGAUCAUGGAUUGACUAUGUAGUACUGUCAUGUGGAAAAUGAGAAAAUAUGAUUUAAACACAUGGUAGAAAUUGUUAAAAUGUGGUCGAAAAUGAAAAAAUUGAGACUCAAUUUAAAUCAUUUACUGCCAUUGACGGUGAUAGACGUCAAAUCUGGCAUGGAGCAUUCAUGUUUCACAAUGGCUGACGGCGAUGGACGUCCAGGGCAGUCAACGAGUUAAUAUAUUUUUUAAAACGUAAUAGAUACACAAUAUUUACUGUAAUUUUCCAUUUUUAAAACAAUUUAAUACUGAAUAAUAUCACUGUCGGCCACUUGAUGGCGCCAAACAACUUUUAUUUGGACGAUUAUUUUCCACCGUAACAAAUUAACAAUGCUUUCCCAUUCUGUAUUUUACGCUUACAACUUUAGAUUCAUUUGAUAAAAAUACAAUUCCGGGCAUGAUUAUGGAUGUAUUUAGCCAGAUGAUUAAAAAAAUUUUUUUUUAAUCAAAACGGUUCACCUAUGUUUUGUAGAACGUGGAGGGAUUGCCACACUGUACAAUAUUUCGGUGCUUUCCAUUACGUUGCUCUGGUAAUACAUGAAAUGUGUAUUUUUGAAAGUGUAUUCAGAUUUUUGCAGGGGUAGACUAUAAAUUUCCUUUACGGUGGAAAGGGAAUGACAUUAAUACAAUUAUUUGAUUUUCUUUAUGAAAUUUAGUGAGAUGUGGGUUUUGGAUGAACCUCAACUUGAUGUGGUCCAAAGGACUUUUUUAUUUUUUUGGGUGAUUAAGAGUGUGAGCAGCUGCAAAACGACAAACAACCGCAGGAAUUUCAUUCCAUUGCCUUAACUUGUUAUUUACUUGUAUAUAAAAAGUUGCAUCGGUGACCUGUUUUUCGGGUUUUGGGUGUGUUCCAUCCAAUUAUAAGUUUUGACGUCAAUGGAGUCUUGCAUGACUUUGACAAAUGAGAGCAGUAAAACUUGUCAAUCUAGUGUGUAUCAUGUUUUUUGUUGUUUUUCUAGAACAUAAAUGAGAAAUUAAUUUGUCAAAUUAAAAAGAACAAAAAUAAAUGUUAUGAGGCAGAUUUCUUGGGGGAAGAUUUUCCGUAUGUGUGUUUGUUUUUCUGGAAGAAGUGACUUUCUUUUACUCAAAAUGACAUUUGUAUGGACAAAUAAAUGGUUUGAGUGGA